AGACACGCUGCAGAAAGCACAACCUCUGCCUGCACGUCUCGGAAAUAUUUUCACUGUCGGUUAUAAAAAAUAAAAAAAUAAUGUUUUUCAUAUCAAUAUUUGUUGCUGUUUUAAUUGUGUUUUGUAUUUACGAUAUUAUUACACCGCACAAAUAUCCAAUAGGUAAGACAAAUUUAUAUUAUAUAUAAUAUUAAAAUUAAUUACACGUUAAAGUGCAAUAAUGUAUAAUAAACAUUAAACAUACUCUACAUUUUAUAGGUUUAAUUUUUAAGGAUGAUUUGUAUUAUUAUGACAAUUGUAUAAAGUAUUAAAUAUAGGAAGGCGGAUAUGAAAACUGCAGUUUGUCUUUAAACACCUUCAGUAUAUUAUGUUUGGCGCUGUUUUUGUAAUCGAAAUUUAUAGGCAAAUAAUUCUUCAUUUUUUUUUUAUAGAUACAUAUUUGUAUCUAAAAUGUACCUUUUAUAAUUUUUUUUCAUAUUUUCUGGUCUUUUUUUUUGAUAAUAUAAAUUCCUGAAAAAUUCACUGCUUGAAAAUGAAUGAUUCUUGUUGUUAAUAAAAACAACAAUCGAUUACACGCAUUUUGCCCCGAUAUUAUACCGAUGACACAGUAUUUACUAGUCUUAUACAUACGUCAUUACUUGUGCGGUGUGGGUAGGUAUAUAAAGGAAAUACAAUAAAUAAUUAUUAAAGAGUCGUACGUUAUAAUCUAUAAGUUACGAUAGUAAUAAUAAUAAAAUGUAAAGCGUAGAUAUUUUUAUAUUAUAGUAUUACAUGAGAAAAUGCAGAGCCUUAGAUGAUAUGGUAUUGAAUGAAUAAAUUAAUCCAAUUAAUUAUUAUUAUUGUCGAAUAUUAAUACAAGUCUGCCCUACCAGGUUAGGUGUUGAUUUUAAUAAAAUUAAAAUCAUAAAAUGUGUGAUUAUUUUAAUUAAACGCAUUACAUUAUGUCUAAUGCUGUAAUAUAUAGGUACGUACCUUUCUAUUAUAAUAUGUGUAUAAUAUACAUUGUAUAUGCUUGAUUUUAUAUCAAUCAUUAUUAAUUAUGUAUGCGAGUAGUUUUCAAAUAUAAAAGGUAAGUAAUUACAGGUAUUAAAAUUAUAAUAUAAUAAUAAUUAAUUGGUACCUAUAGUUAAUUAAUAGUUUUACUGGAUCCUAUCAAUAAAGAAUAAAAAUUUAGUUUAUUUUUAACCUUUGUAAAAAACAAUCAUGUGUAUCAUAAAUUUUUAUAAUUAUCAAAAAUAUAAAAUAUUAUAAUACUUAUAUACAUACACCUGUGGACUAUGGGAUUAAAAAUGUAAAUACCUUUCAAACGAAAUUCCAAAACGAGGUAAUUUUUAAGGUGUAGGAGGUACCUAUCUAAAAAUGAUUAUCUGUUCAAACAUACAGAAUAUAAAAAGCCUACUCAAGGUCAAUGAUGCCAGAAGAGGCCUAACUUUCAUAUGGUAAUGAUUUUUUUUUUAUUAUUGAUUCGUUUUAUGUUACAACACAUAGCCACAUAGGUUCAAACAUUGUACAGGUACCAAUGAACUGUAAACUGUGUGGGUGCUUCUCGUUCAAAAUGAAAUGAAUUUAUUUUAAUAGGUAUUGUGUUUAUAGUAGUAGUAGUACCUAUAUGAAAAUAAUGCACCUGGCAUCCAAGAGGGUAGCAUUGUUCGGGAAUCAUUAAUUUAGGGAAGACAAAAAAGAAAAAAACCGUUGACCUAGAAACUAGUUAAGAUCUUGAGAUAGGUCAGGUAUAGAAAAUGUUUAACCCUUCUACAUUUAUAUUCUAAAAAAAAAAAAAAAAAAGAAUAUGUAUAAAUUAUGUUGGGCGAUCAAGUAAUCGAUAACAAAAAUGUGAUGGUUAUUUUCUUUCGUCUAACGGUCGUACCUAUACCAAAUACAGAUACAUGCAUUAUAUAUGUUAGAGGCCUACUACAAGUGUUCAUUGCCUUCAACAGUCGUUGACACCGUUAUACAAAGAUAGAUACAAUUUUGUAAUAUUUUAUUUUAGUAAAAUGUAAAUAGUAAGUUUAUAUUUAAAUGUUACUUAAUGCUCUCUACCUCCACAUGUGGUUAGAACAAAUUUUAUUUUUCAAAUUUUUAAUUAGGUAUUUUACCUACUCAAAAAUGCGAGUAAUAGAAAAUCCAAACUAAGUAAUUAAUUGAAUUAUUUUCUUUCGGUUUUAAUUGUCGCUAAUUUUGUUUAAGUAUAAAUAUUUCAUUAAAAAAAAACAAAAAAAAACUGACAUACUUCGCACGUGGGAGGCCACUGUUUUAGGUGAGAAGUUAGGAAAGUAGUAGAGGGGAAAUUGAAUGCAUAUUUGUAUAUAACGAUAAGCCAUUGCUAACGAAAAAACGAUUCUGAGUGCAAUUUAGUUGAUAGUGUUGAUUUAUCAACAAUAUAUAUGUUAUAGUAUGGUAAAAUAAUUACAUAGCCAUUAUAUGUUUCGUUUAAUAAUAUUUGUUUAAUAUUGUACUUAGGUUCCCGUUUUUCUACGUUUUUCCCGGUCUUCCUAUGUUUUUUCCCGAUUUUCCAUUUAUUGAGAAAACUCCUCGGACAAUUAAAAAAAUCACCUUCUUAAAAUACCUACCCAGGCCGAUUUCCUUUCAGAAAAAGUAUUACAUUUAAAAAUAGGAGCAAGAUUUCUGGUAGAAAAGUUUUCCACAGAAAAAAUUAAAAUUAAAAAAAUAAACAUCAUUUUAAAACCAUAAGCUUUUUCACUCCACUCAGAAUCUAAUAUAUAUAUAAUUAAUUAUAAUAUAUAUAUUAAUUAUUAUUAAUAUAGAAUUCUAUGUUAUUUGUCAAUGGUUAACUUUGGUAGCAUUAAUUAUUUUACACUGUUAGAUUGUAUAAUGUGAUUAAUUUAUAAAUUAUUAUACAGUUUUAUUAAAUUAUGGAAUUAUCGAUUUUUAUUAAAUACAUAUAAGACUUAAAACAAUCGUUCUUAUAUAGAAUGGAACAAGAUCCGUAGAUCAACAUAAAAACAAUACAUUUAGAAUCUAAACACAUUAUUAAAUCUUAAUUUAUGAACUAAGACCAUUGUUUUUGUUUUUAUAAGGUCCUACACGCUUUCCUUUAAUUGGCAAUUAUUUCGAAAUCCGAAAGCUCAGGAAUGAACUAGGGUUCUAUCAUUUAGUUUGGGAUCAGUUAGCCAAAUGUUAUGGUCAAGUGUAUUCUGUCAAACUUGGUAGGAUAGAAGCCAUCAUAGUUUCUGGCUAUGAUGCAGUAAGACAAGUGUUAUGCAAAGACGACUUUGAUGGACGGCCUGAUGGAUUUUUUUUCAGGCUCAGAGCUUUUUAUAAGAGACUAGGUAAGUUGACCAUUAUUAAAUAUUUAAGAAUAUAAUACUUAUAUUAAUUUGAAUGUUUUGAAAUUAAGGCAUAGUAUUUGUGGAUGGACCUAUGUGGACAGAACAAAGAAAGUUUUGUAUGCAACAUUUACGGAAAAUGGGAUUUGGUGGUGAUUUAAUGGAAAGACUCAUAAGUGAAGAAGUUAAUGAUCUCAUAUUAGAUAUAAGGAGAAGAAGCAAGGUAUGAAUAAAUUAAUAAAAAUAAUUGUAUAGACACAAAGUAACCAUUUUAUAAUUAAUUAAAUAUGUUUAGAAUGGUAAACAGAUUGAAGUUCAUGGUUUAUUUGACGUAUCGGUUUUGAACGGACUUUGGACAAUGCUAGCGGGGCGUAGAUUUGCAUUGAAUGAUUCUAAACUUACAAAACUAAUGGAGUUAGUACAUGUCAGCUUUAGAAUGUUAGACAUGUCAGGAGGAAUACUAAAUCAGAUGCCUUUCAUACGAUUUUUAGCUCCCAAAUGUUCCGGAUAUAGAGACAUCAAACACAUUUUAAACGAAUUUUAUACGUUUUUAAAAGUAUCUAAUUUAAAUAUUAUAUAAUUAUAGUUUUUAGAAGUCAAUAUUUUGUAUAUUAUGUUCAUAGGAAUCAGUAGAAGAACACAAAUAUAACCUAAACGACCAGGAAGAUUUUAUUUGUGCAUUUUUAAUGGAAAUUGAAAAAAAUAAGAAAUCACCAAAAUCAUUUUCAGAAGAACAGCUCCUUGUUGUUUUAUUAGAUUUAUUUUUAGCUGGUUCAGAAACCACAAGCAGCAUGUUAUCUUUUGUCAUUUUAUUACUUCUCAAACAUGAAGAUGUUCAAGCUAAAGUACGUGCAGAAAUAGAUACGGUGAUUGGUGAUCGUGAAGUUCACCUUACAGAUAGAAACAAGUAAGAUAUUUAUGUGUAACUGUUCUAAAUAAAGGGAUCAACAUAAUGGACGAUUUUCUAGAAAAAUAAGUUUUUCCCUAAAAUUUAAAAAAAUUAAAUAUAUAUUCAUGAGAACAUGUUUUAAUAUAUUUUAUCCUAUCUAAUCAUAAAAUAUUCAACAAAAUUACAUAGGUUGAGUUAUCUUGAAGCAGUAUUAAUGGAAGUACAAAGACAUAGUAACGUGGCACCAUUAGCAAUCGCUCAUAGAACUAUCCGAAAAACAAGCAUACAAGAAUAUAUAAUACCAAAAGUGUGAUAAAAAAAUAUUACUUGAAAAUUUAUCUAAUUUAUCUAAAAGUAAUCUAUAAACAUUUUUUCAGGAUACAUUAGUCUUAGCAAGUAUAUGGAGUGUUCAUAUGGAUGUACAGCACUGGGGUGAUCCUGAGGUAUUUCGCCCUGAGCGAUUUUUAGACGAUACAGGAAAAAUUAGAAAUGACAGUUGGCUUAUGCCGUUUGGUGUUGGUAAGUAUAUUACUAUUAUCUAUUUUAUUUUAUAGAUAAUAUUUUGUCCAAACAUUGUUCAUUAAUAAUAAACAUUAUGUAUUUUUUACUCACAGGUAGAAGAAGAUGUCUUGGUGAAAUAUUGGCUAAGACAAAUCUUUUUAUGUUCAUCACUAAAUUAUUCCAAAAUUUUGAGAUACGUAUUCCACAAGGUGCUCAAUUACCAGAUAAGCCUCAAGAUGGUAUCACUAUUUCUCCAUCACCAUUCCCUGCUAUUUUUAUACCAAGACGGCUAGACGUUAUAUGAGAAACAGAUUAAUGAUCAUUACAAAUUCGAACACUUAUUAAUAUUUCACAAUAAUAAAAAUUAAAUUUAAAGUACUACAUACGAGUAUACAUAAUAUAUUAUAUGAACUAGAUGAAUUAGGUGGUAUAGAAUAGAUACAAAUGUACAAAACUAUUUGUUAUUGGAAAAAGUAAAGCCUAUAAAUUCUGACACACAAGAGGUAACACAUAAUAUGUAUUUGUUAUCGCAGGUAGAACAUUGCAAUUUAAGAUCGGUUUAAUUUGGACCAAAUAUUAUUACAGAAUAGUAGAUAAUAUAUUGGCUGUGC